AUGGCGAGCCCUUUCCGACCCGCAUCGCCUGCAGAAGAGCUUCCAACAUACUACCAAGACCUGGAAGAUGAAGAUAUUCAACACUGCUUCAGAAACUUCGAUAUAGAACGCAACUUUGACCUCUUCGAUAGGCGAACACGCCACCCCGAUAGCAACAACUUCUGCCUGGACUUUGGCGAAGACGACGCCUUCUGCGCAAGCGACUUGGGAGCCGACUCCUUCUCAAAUCUGCUUUCAGCACCUAGACCCUCCUAUCUGCAUACGAGAUGGAUCAAUAUAUGGAAGCCGAACAACCAGAAAGAUUUGAUACGUGUCCUGGGUCAACACUUCGACUUCACGCCUCGCCUACUGGGCAUGAUGUGCAGUGAUCCCAUACCACCGCGUUCGCACUCAUUGCGGAAGAAGAAGAGCUCGUCGACACUCCGGUCGCGCUUGUCUCAUAAGUCCGAGAAGUCAAAGUCAACAGACUCGGAAGAGAGCAUCGGAAUGACGGAAAUGAUGCAUUCGACGCAGCUGGAAAUGGCGCGGGAUCUCAGUCACUACCAGAUCGUUAACGAUGUUUGGCACUGGUCUACUGUGGACUGGGGUCGAAGGUAUGUUUGCCUAGGCUAUAACUCACUUCACGACGUCCGCACCAAGAACGUAGGCGCGCAUGACGAUGAAGUGGACAGCAGUCGAGACAUACCCCAUGGCAAACGUGUUUGGAACUGGCUGUUGAUGUGCGAAGACAAGACGGUAAUCUCAAUGUCGGAAGAUCCAUUUCCGUUCAGUAACGGCAACCUGCGUGGUCAGGAUCUGAGGACACUGUACUCCAUACGACGGAAUCUCGUAAACGUCUUCAGACAGCUGACGAAAGCUCCGACUCCCUUGAGAGAUGCUGCUCUCAUGCAACUACCCAUCCGCCAUCGCAUCGGUAACAGUGAGGAAGAGACAGCCCACCGUACCUCCGACGCACCAGGCCUGCUCUUCUACUAUCUCUUCGAAGACUGGGGCACGACUCUCAGUCUCAUCUCACGCCGCGAGCAUGGAUAUGCUGCAGAACUAGACCGGCUGCGACAAGAGAUGCUCCAAACCGCCAACCUAACACACGUCGACCAACUCCACCACAUCGGCUGCCAACUCUCCGUGCUAAAGCGCGUCUACAAAAGCUACGAAUUCAUAAUCGAGCGCGUCCUCAAAAAGCAAGAAGUAACCCUCGCCUCCCUAAAAAACUCCCGCAUCCUCCCCGAAGUCGAAUCCCUCGACUCCACCGUCCCCGGCAUGGGCCCGCAGAGCCGCAUCGUCCCCGAAUCAGACAGCCUGCUCGGCGUCUCGCUCAGCUCCGCCUCCCGCGUGCGCUUCGAGCGCCUCAAAGAUCGCAUCAUCCUGUACGCGCAGAGCGAGAUCCAGGAAUGUCUCGACCAGAAGGAUUCGCUCGUCAUGAUGAACUUCAACCUCAUCGCCAUCAAGGAGUCGUUCAGCGUCGAGAGGUUGACGUGGGUUACGCUUUUUCUGGCGAAGAUUACGAUCCUCUUCACGCCUGUCACGCUGAUGACGGGCUACUUCAGCAUUCAGUUCAAGGGCACUGAGUUUGAGGUUCGCAGCUAUUGGUGGGCUUUUGCGGCGGUGUUUGGUGCGUCGAUUUUGCUUAUCUUCUUGUUUAGCGCGUUUAGUGGCACGUUUGAGGGGAAGAUUAUUACGAGGAGUUGGAGCAGGAUUAUGUAUGAUAUUAGUAGGCGGUGGUGGACGCAUCGGAAGAAGAGGGGCAAGGAGCUUUGA